AUGGGCUUCAACACUCCUGAUCACGAUACCAUGGCCAAGCUCAGAGAUGAAGCUGAGACCAACCACAAAGCCUAUUGGGCUGAGAACGGAAACGGAUACGAACCGACCGGACAGUUCUUCCCCGGAUUCGAAUCCGGAUGGGCAGAUGCCUGUUCCGCUUUAUCAUCCGGCAACGAGCUGCCUGGUGACCUCGAGCAAUGGGGUAAACAACGUGCUCAAGAGAACGGUAAAGAUGUUGAUCAAGAUUGGGAAUGGGUUCACGGAUUCAAAUCCGGUGCAGGUGCCGCUCAACAAGCUGGUUCCAACUGA